UCAGCAUCUUAAUAGUCUACCUCAAGUCUUUUUACCGUUAAGGUAACAAACCGUUUUUUCCCUUAUUGUUGUGUAUUCAUCAUCUGUUAUUUAUACUUGAUCACCUUAAUAGUUUCAUCCAAUAGUCUUACCUGUUUAAUAGUCUUCAUAUCAACAUCAUUUCAACUAAACUCAACGAAUGAACAAGAUGAAGCAAAAAGCUUUUUUAACCUGAAAAAUAUGUAACUCUAAAAAUAUUGCCUUUAACCUUUUCUCUUCUCUUCUUCUUUCUAUUAUUUCCUUUUCUUCUUCUUUCCAUUCUUCUUCUUCGGUUUCUCUUCAUUCCUCUGAUUGUUACUAUUUUUUUGCUGUCAAAUAACCAAUUAUGUCAUUUACAUUGACAUUUUUGAGGUCCUUUGAAAAAUCAGUUAAAUCACUUUUAAUGAAAUGAAAUGAAAUUUACAUCCCAUUUGGAUAUCCAUCAACGGAAUUGGCUGUUUGUCAUCUUUGUUUUUAUACUCUGCAUUGCAAAGUUAUCCAAAGGUGGAUCCCUUAAAAUCAGCCCAAAACCGUGUAGCAAUGCAAUCGGAGAAGAGGGAACUUGUAUGUUUGUCUGGGAAUGUAUCAAAACAGAGGGUAAACAUCUUGGAACCUGUGUUGAUGGUUUCCUGUUCGGCUCUUGUUGCGGACACAAUGAUACGUUUAAUUCAAUUGAUAACAAUAAUAACGGUCAUCAUCAUGUGAUCAACAGUAUCUCAUCAUCAAGUUUGGGUUACAGUCCAUCAUCAUCAUCAUCAUCAUCAUCAUCAUCGUCAAGUAAUAACAAUAAACCGAGCAUAGUUUCACCAUUACAUUCAUCAUUUGUUGAAUCUUUUCCAACAACAGCAACGGUUACUAUAACUAAUUCAGGUUCACCAUCAUCAUCAUUUUCAUCAACAAACACCAUCGAAAAUUCAUCACAUUCAUUUCACAGCCUUAAGCCAACAAGUAAACCGUCAACCUUUUCAUGGUCCCAGUCAUCAUUAUCCUCUUCUUCUAAUUCAGCAUCCUCAUCAUCAUCACCAUCGACAUCAUCAUCAUCAUUCUUAGGUGAAACUAGGCCAUCCGUUUACGGAGUAUCUUCAUCUGUAACCUCAGCUCCUCCAACGACCAAAGCUCCAUCUCCGUCAACAACAUCUCGUCCAGAAUCAUCUUGGAAUCAAUUUGAAACCUGGAAUACUUCUCCUAGUCCUUUACAUGCACAAGUAUGGCCUGGCCAAAUAAACACGACUCCAGCAAAACCGUUUCUAAAUACAUUUCGUCCGCCAAUUUUUUCAGUUUUUGGGAACAAUAAUAAUCAUCAUCAUCAUAAUCAAAAUAAUGCUAAUAAUGUUAAUAAUCGACCUACCUCGGCCACUGGGUCAUCAUCUUCAUCACCUUUCCUUCGGCCCACUGAACGACCGAUUCCCGUUCGUCCAACUAAUUUUUAUCAACACUUCUUUACUACAAGAACCAAAUAUCCAAUAAUAACCAGUACAACUUCACGUCCACCGCCACCAACAGCAACAGCUAGCCCACCGACAACAACCUUAACAUCUUUUAACAACAAUAUAAUGUUGGUAACAACAACACCUUCACCACCGACAACUACGUCAACCUCACCACCAACAACCCAAUCGCCUUCUUCCUCCUCCUCGUCUUUUAAUUCCCACAGGCCAAGACCACCAUAUCCAUACCAAGGAUCAUCUCCAACUAAGCACAAUAUUCUUGACCCAUCCAAAGUUCAAUGUGGCAGCCCAACAUUAACCCACCAAGCAAAGGUUGUAGGUGGUAAAAAUGCUGCCUUUGGCGCUUGGCCAUGGCAGGUAUCUGUGCGUCGAACCUCGUUUUUUGGUUUCUCAAGCACUCAUCGGUGUGGCGGAGCAAUACUCAACAAUCAAUGGAUUGCAACUGCAGGUCACUGUGUUGAUGAUUUGCUGCUUUCCCAAAUACGGAUUAGAGUCGGUGAAUAUGAUUUUGCCAAUGUUUUGGAGCCUUAUGCAUACGUUGAAAGAGGGGCCAAGAAAAAGGUCGUCCAUCCUCAUUACAAUUUCUUCACCUAUGAGAAUGAUCUCGCUCUGGUUCAAAUGGAUGAACCUAUCGACUUUCAGCCUCAUAUUGCACCAAUUUGCCUUCCACCGGACAGGAUUGAAAUGGUUGGACGUAAUGCAACUGUAACUGGUUGGGGUCGUUUAAGUGAAGGAGGAAUCCUUCCGUCCGUUCUUCAAGAGGUUAAAGUUCCAAUUGUUAGUAACGAUGCUUGUAAAAACAUGUUCCUCUCGGCUGGUAGACAUGAAUAUAUCCCAGAGAUAUUCAUGUGUGCAGGUUAUGAAGAGGGAGGCCGUGAUUCUUGUCAGGGUGAUUCUGGUGGACCAUUGCAAGUCCAAGGCGAUGAUGGUAAAUGGUUCUUGGCCGGAAUUAUUUCAUGGGGAAUUGGAUGUGCUGAGCCCAAUUUGCCUGGAGUCUGUACUAGAAUAACAAGAUUCAAAGAUUGGAUAUUGAAGACAAUAUCAUAAAGAGAUUAGAGCAAUUAAAUUAAAUUCCUAAUGAGGAGAUGAUGCAUACCAUGAAUAAUCUGAAAGGAUGUUUCCUGUUGUCAUCUUCUCAUAGCAACUAAACUAAUUCAUCAUUAUUUUCAUCAUCCUUUUUGUUUUACCUUUUCAUUCCUAAUUUGUCCUCCAUUUUAAAGUCUUUUUUUGUUUAUCAAUGAUUUUAUAAAUCUUUUUUGUUUCAUUGUUGAAAAAAACAAAAAAAUUAUAUAAAUAACCGUUGAACAUUUGACUAGACAGAUUAAAUUCCAACAUGCAUUUAUUUAGAUCAAGUUUGAGUAUCUUCAGGAAAGUGUUUUUCAAUUGUUGAUUUUUAAUUUUCAUUGAGCUUGAUUCGAUUGUGGUUAUUCGAUGCAUUUUACCAGAGCGGUUCAUUUCAUGGCUUUGCAAUUUUAUUUCUUGGAAUUUUGAGUUCAGUCAACUUUUUAAAUAUAGACAGGCAUCAACUUUGGAUUCUGAAUUCAUUAUUUCCAAUUUGAGGCAUUUUUGCUUUCGUAGGAAAAUUUGACACAUUCAAUUAGGUAAGUCAUGAGAAGAUUGGAGGUUGUAAUGUGAACAAUUUACCGAGGCAACAUGAUUUGUGCAAUUUAUAACAAAUGAUUGAUUUGAAUCAUCUAUAUACUUUUUGUUGAAAUGAGGUGAAAAUAAACAGUCAGUUACAACAAAAAAAUUGAGUAAUAUUUUUGAGAGUAAACAAAAUCAACAGAGAAAAAAGUUUUUUUUGUAUUCGUUUUGCAUUUUUUUGAUUUGCUGAGAACUGGUAUCGUUUCUGCUUUUAUCUUAAUUUUUUGAUGACCUCAACUUUUUCAUGGUUCAUACUUGACUUGGUCUUGGGUGAAAAUGAAAAAAAACAGGAAGAGAAGGAAAGUAGAAAAAAG